UAAUGAGUGAAAAUUGUUUUUCUAUUGAAGAGCAAGUUCGUAUUUUGAACUUAUAUACAUAAAGUUAGAAACUUUUGGCUUUUCAAAUCCAAUAACUAUCAGAUUAAAUCCAAAUGCACAAGGAAUCAUUUAAGUAAUAUACAUAAUUGGUUGGGAACUUUAUGCAAUAAUUAUAAAAUAUUAUGCCUCUUGACAAUGAAAAAUUAAAAAAGAAAGCUAUUAAGCAUUAGUGGAUAAAAUUAUAUGUUAGCAAAUUUAGAAUGCAAUGUUGGAUUCAUGAAGAUUUCUGCACCUACCUAACUUGUAAUAAAAUUUCUAUUACAAAUUCAAAGAUAAAUAAACUAAAUUUAGAGGAUGAGAGUAGCAAUUUUGAAGAGCUCGCAACUUCUAACAUUAUUUAAAUAAAUUCGUUUAUUGCAGAAAAAUUGUUAGAAGAUAAUCAAAAUAUUCAUUAAAAUAUACAAAAUGAUAUAAACAACCUUCAACUUUAUCAAAUAAUAGAGAGAUUGAGUGAUUAAGUAGAAAUUUUAACAUAGGAUUAGAUUUAAUAAAUUUAUCUCAAUUUUAACAAAUAUAAGUUAGAUAUCAUAGAAAAAUUGUUUUAAAAUGUCUUAGCUUUUAUUUAAACACACUAUAAAGAUUUUUUAAAGCAAUCUGUGCUGCAGCAACCCUAAUUACCUAAAGAAUUAAGGUAUGAAAAUUUCGGUAAUAAUAUUGAGAUAUUAAAAUAAAUUGAAAAGUAUAUAAACAUACAAGAAACAGAUGAAACUAAACUGGAUAAUCUUCAAAGAGGACUCUACCAUUUGCGCCUAUAAAAGUAGAGGAAGAUGUAUAUCAUUCUUGAAGUUACACCAAAGAAAAAAUAAAAUGCCUAUAUUAUUAAUUACUUCCAACAUUAUAAAGAGGAAUCUGCAAUUAUUAACAUACUUAAAAAUAACUUUAAUUGUUACUAUAUAAGAACAAUAAAAUUGUAAAAGGUUUAAGAAGCUUAUUUAAUUUUUAAAUACCUAAAAUUGAAAAAUGCAUUUUAGUAAAAAUAGAAUUAAAUCAUAGAAAUCUAUCAAGCAGAGAGUUUUGAAUUAAUUAAUAUUUAAAUAAUGAAUAUAAUCAACUAUAUGUUUUAAACUAAGGAGAAGAUCAGAAGUUUUAUGUCAAAAAUAAUUAACAAUUAAAAAGAUGUAAAUUACAUAUAUACAUUCAAUUUUGUAAAGAGUUUGCAAGAGAAAACAAAUUUUGAGAUUACACUCAUCGAAAGAAUUUAAUUUAAUUAAAACAUUAAGUCCAUUGAGUAUUAGCGAUCAAUGUUAGGAGCCAUUUUGGAGGACUAAAACAAAAUUACAUAAGGAGUAGUACUUUAUUUAAAUCGAAGAAUAAUGUUGGUCUUUCUCGACAAUUUAUAAUAUAAUUAUUAAUAAGAGUUAAAUACCAAAUCUAAUCAAUUUUUAAAGAUAAUAAAUACUAAGGUGAAAAAUAUUGAAGCAGAAGCUGCAUAAUUUUAUAUUUCAGUAUUACUCAAAUAUUAAAUAACAAAUGUGGCAAGAGAUAUAAAGAGUUUUUUAGAAUAAAAGACAUCUGCUUGGGUUAACAUUUUACAGAUUGUUAACUAAAAAAAAUGA